GCUGGCUCCCCUCCAUGCGGCGCCCGCCCGGGAGGGUCUGACCCGGAGCCAGGCGAAGGGCAAAGCCCGGCCGAAGCGCAUGUUCCGGUCCAAACGGGCAGGGCUUGUGCGGCGCCUUUGGAGAAGCCGGCUGCUCCCCGACGGCGGCGGCGGCGGCGGCGGAGGAGGAGAUGCGGGCAAGAGCAGCAGCCUCCUCGGGCAGAGCGAGGAGCCCGGGAGCGGGAGCGAGGCCAGGCGGCCGGGGACCUGCGGAGGCGCCGUCGAGGAGCCGGCGGCGGGGUCCAUGGUGCACGGCGACGGCGGCGGCGGCGACCUCGAGGAGGCGGCCGAGGCAGCGGCGCAGGAGGCGGAGAAGGAAGCCGGCGGGUGGGCUCCGGAGAGCGAGGCCCAGGCGGUCGGCUGCUGCCUCUUCAAGGAGCGGCCCUUGGACGGCGCCUCCUGCCUCGACGGCCGCUCCCGCCUGGCGCCGCCGCUGGAGCAGGAGCUGAACAGCCUCACCUACUCGCUCCUCAAGCGCCUCAAGGAGCGCGCCCUCGAUACUCUGCUGGAGGCCGUCGAGUCCCGCGGAGGGCUGCCCAGCGCCUGCGUCCUGGUCUCCCGGGCCGAGCUGGAGGUUAGGCUGGGAGGCCAGCCGGCCCCGCCGCAGCUGCUCCUGGGCAAACUCUUCCGCUGGCCGGACCUCCAGGGCCCCGCCGAGCUGAAGCCGCUGUGCGAGUGCCGGCGCUUCGGCCUCCCCGACGGGCCCACUGUCUGCUGCAACCCCUACCACUUCAGCCGGCUGUGCGGCUCAGUCCCACUCACCUUGGGAAUGCAGACCCCAACAGGUCUGGACAGGCGGAAGAUUCUGCAGUCCUGCCUUGAGGGGCCCCCCAAGUACAUGAAGGCUGGAAAUGGGAAGCUUAAAUUCACGGUGAAAAUGAGAAGUUAUGGUUUCUGGCAAAGCGGCAUUUAA